GGGCGGGCCGGUUGGUAGGACUUGGCGAAGUGGGUCGCACGGACGGAUGUCCCUGAGGUGGCUGCAGGCUUCAGCCCGGGCACCAGGUCAGCCAGAGCAAAAAUGUCAGGGAAGGAGAACAACUUCCCGCCCCUGCCCAAAUUCAUCCCGCUGAAGCCCUGCUUCUAUCAGGACUUUUCCGACGAGAUCCCCAUUGAGCACCAGGUGCUGGUGAAGAGGAUCUACCGACUGUGGAUGUUUUACUGUGCCACCCUUGGGGUCAACCUCAUCGCCUGCCUGGUCUGGUGGAUUGCUGGUGGUUUGGGAGCCAACUUCGGCCUGGCCUUCGUCUGGCUGCUGCUCUUCACCCCUUGUGGCUAUGUGUGCUGGUUCCGACCUGCCUACAAGGCCUUCCGAGCUGACAGUUCCUUUAACUUCAUGGUGUUUUUCUUCAUCUUUGGAGCCCAGUUUGUCCUGACUGUCAUCCAGGCGAUCGGCUUCUCAGGAUGGGGCGUAUGUGGCUGGCUGGCAGCAGUCAGGUACUUCCAGACCAGUGUUGGGGCUGCUGUGGUCAUGCUGAUUCCAGCUAUCAUGUUCUCCUUAUCAGCCGCCAUGAUGGCAAUUGCGAUCAUGAAGGUACACAGGAUCUACCAUGGGGCUGGUGGAAGCUUCCAGAAGGCACAGACAGAGUGGAGCACAGGUGUGUGGCGAAACCCACCAUCAAGGGAGGCUCAGUAUAACAACUUCUCAGGGAACAGCUUGCCUGAGUACCCCACUGUUCCCAACUACCCAGCCAGUGGCAGCCAGUGGCCUUAGAGGAAGCAGGUGGCACUGCCACCCAUCUACCCUCCUUCCCCACAUCCACUAACUGCUGCCGCCCUUGGACCCAUGAGCCUGAAUACUCGCCCUGCCACAGUCUGUGGACCUGUGUUCAUCUCACUCCUGCGUUGAGCCCCCUCACAAGCACUGCCAAACAGACGUUGGCCUAUUGUCCAGCAUAAGGACUCUCUUGCUCCUAAAAGUAUGCGCCCACUUGACACCCAUUGUUCAUCAGCCAUGGCCCUUGUCUCCAGGUCAUGUAGGGCCAACCCGCAGAAACCCAGGGAGAAGGCUGCAAUAGGUUGGCCACCCCAUUCCUCUAUUCAUGCAGUGGUCCUGGGCCCAGGCUCCAUGUCUCACCAUCUACCCACUUCGCAGGCACCCUUGGCCUGCCAGGAAAAGGUCUCAAGGGCCAGGUUUCAGGUCCCAUGUGGCAGCCUCAGGACUUAAGGCUGAGCCAUGUCCUCCAUGUUGUCCUUCUGAGUUCUAGCACAGCUGCAGCCGGCACCCACCUGUGUGGAUGAGGCCCCUACUCACCAGGGACCUGUGCUUCUCCCUGUCUGUCUGUCUAUCCAGCCUUCCUCCCCACACUCUUCCCCUUGAACAGGGACCCUAGAAGUCCAUUGUCCCAUGUGGUUAGGGCAGAUGGCCUUCCCCUCCUUGAAUCAGGGGCCUUGGGCAAGACUUCUGUCUGCAUUCCCUGGGGGAAGGAAAGCUGUGCCUCAGUCACCAGCCUGGAAGGUGGCCAGAACUAGAAGCCAGGACCAAGGACCUCUCCAGGUGUGCAUCUGUAGGCAGCAGGGCCUGGCUUUGAGGAGGCACCCUGCCCAGGACAGCUCUGUGCCUUAGGAAUCUAGCAACUGACACUACUUUCUUCUCCCCAUCCUUCUGACUCCUGGACAAUCUUGUCCUCAUCAGAAGAGCUGAUAUAUAUGUUGCAGGAGUGUUCACAGCACCUUUGAUUAUAUUGGGCCAAAUCCUCUUUCUUGGUGACCCUUCUGCACUGUUGGCCAAACCUUUAUGACACCUAGGCCACUUCCCUCAGCUUCUAGUUGCACCCCCUGACCCAGCCAGGGCCAAGGCCUGGCCUCCUGCGAAAACACCCAGGCACUAGGCCUAUGUUCUCCACCCCAGUAUACCCCGAGGCGCUGUGGUCGAAACUAGACUGCAAGUGCUGGCAUCAGAUGGUAUCUAGUGAGCUUCUGCCACAGAGUUGUUGCCCUGCAUCUGAGACCUGACUUCACUGCAGUAAGCUAGUUGUAGGGGAAGAGCCUUUGGGCACCAGCAGCACCCAUCCAUCUCCUGCAUAUGCAUCUUCACAUGGGGUGGGUUUUGUUAUGUGAGAAUAUUCGGGAAAUAAAUCCUCUUUCUGCAUCAGUCCAAGCAGGGAAUUGCAUUUGUGGUGCAUGAGCAUGAGUGUGUGUGUUGUAUGUCUUUCCCCAUCCCCAGGUCUGUCCCAUCCAUCAAAGGAUUCCAGAGCACAUGGCCAGGAUGUACCUAGCUAGCCUGUGUCUGCUCAUCAAAGUGGCCUUGCCAUGCCCCCUUUCAUGUCCCUCAGACAACUUCCCUGAUGGGCGUUCCACCAAGGAUUCCGCCUGAAGGAUCCAGAGACUGGAUCUUCAAAUGCUUAGGGUCCAGAUAUGUACCUGACAGCCUUUCCCACACUUCAUCCAUCCAUGAAGUUUCCCUUCAUGCUUGCUUUUUAAAUUGGCUUAUUUUCUCCAUGUUCCACUGGCGCAAAGAAUCUUGUGGACAAUAGAGAAAAAGUGACUGUUACAGAGCUGGAAUAAUGCCAGUGGCUCACACCAGUAAUCCUAGCUACUCAGGAGGCAGAGAUCAGGUGGAUUGCAGUUUGAUUCCAGCCUGGGAAAA